AUUUACCCAGCAGGUAAACUCCACCAUGGCGGCGAGAGGCCAUGUGCAGGACCCCAACGACAGGAGACUCAGACCCAUAUACGAUUACCUUGACAAUGGCAACAAUAAGAUGGCAAUACAGCAGGCAGAUAAACUGCUGAAGAAACACAAGGACCUGCACUGCGCCAAGGUCCUAAAGGCCAUUGGCCUUCAGAGGACUGGAAAGCAGGAUGAAGCCUUCACUUUGGCGCAGGAAGUGGCCACUCUGGAGCCCACUGAUGACAACUCACUACAAGCUCUGACUAUUCUGUACAGGGAGAUGCAUCGUCCUGAGCUGGUCACCAAGCUGUAUGAAGCUGCAGUGAAGAAGGUUCCUCUCAGCGAGGAGUAUCACUCUCACCUCUUCAUGGCUUACGCUCGUGUGGGGGAGUACAAGAAGAUGCAGCAGGCAGGAAUGGCUUUGUAUAAAAUCGUCCCCAAGAAUCCGUAUUACUUCUGGUCUGUCAUGAGUCUGGUGAUGCAGGCCAUCUCAGCACAAGAUGAGAAGCUGGCCCAAACCAUGUUCCUGCCUCUGGCUGAACGCAUGGUGGAGAAAAUGGUGAAGGAGGAGAAGAUCGAAGCAGAAGCAGAGGUGCAGCUGUACUUUAUGAUCCUGGAGCGCCUGGGAAAGUGUGUCGAGGCUCUCGAGGUGAUCAGGGGCCCACUUGGAGAGAAGCUGACCAGCGAGCUGCAGAGCAGAGAAAACAAGUGUAUGAUGCUCUACCAGAGGCUACAGCGCUGGCCCGAGUGUAACUCCCUGGCCCACAAGCUGCUGCUCAAAAACCCUGAUGAUUGGCAGUUCUAUCCCUCCUACUUUGACUCUCUCUUCCACCUGAUUGACCAGUCGUGGAGUCCACCAGAAGAAGGAGAGCACUGUUCGGAGGGUUCGGUACAUCACACUGUGGCUGAGGUGGUGAGGUUCGUGGAUGAGAGAAUUAAAGGGGAGGAUGGCAAAGACUCCCGAUCACUCAGAGGACCCUAUUUAGCUCGUCUUGAAUUAAUGCACAGACUGAGAGAAAGGGGCUGUCCUGAAGAGAGCCUGUUAGGUGAGCCUUUAGAGCUAAUGGUGCAGUUCUUCGGGAAGUUUGGAGACAAACCCUGCUGCAUCACCGACCUAAAAAUAUACCUCCAUCUGCUCUCGCCUGAACAGCACGUGCAGUUCAUUAACCGUCUGAGUGAAGCGGUCCCGCUGGGGGAGCAGGGAGAGGAGGGAUUCGCUUUUCCAGAGGACACCAAAGCGCUGCAGAGGCAUUUGUGCGUGUGCCAGCUGAGUCGAGCGCUCGGGCUGCAUCACGCUCUCAACGUGGACGGGAAACUGCGGCUCAUCGCAGAGCUCAAAGCUCACUAUCGGCACGGACUCAAGUUUGGGAAGAACGCUCUGAAGACGGAGCUGCAGUUCUCUGAUAUGUAUUGUCUCAUGGCAGCUCAUGUAUACAUCGACUUAUGGACAGACACUGGGGAUGAGAGCAUGGUGUGGCAGUGUUUGGGCGUCCUCCAGGAGGGUCUGUCUCUGAGUCCCUCCAACGCCCAGUUCAAGCUGCUGCUGCUGCUCGUCUACUGUCACCUGGGAGCCUUUGAGCCUGUGGUGGACCUCUACUCCAGCCUGGACGCCAAGCAUGUACAGCACGACACCAUAGGAUUUCUGUUAACGCGCUACGCUGAGUCAUUGGGUCAGUUCGCUGCAGCCUCCCAGUCCUGUAAUUUCUCCCUCAGGUUUUUCCACUCUAACCAGAAAGAUACCUCAGAGUAUAUCAUCCAGGCGUAUAAGUACGGAGCGUUUGAGAAAAUCCCAGAGUUCAUCGCUCUCAGGAACAGGUUGAACCAAUCGCUGCACUUUGCCCAGGUCCGCACUGAGAGGAUGCUGCUGGACCUGUUCCUCGAGGCCGAUAUUGUGUUGAGUCUGGAGGAGAGCGUGAAGGCCAUGUCUUUGUCUCCAGAGGAGGAUGACAUCCCCUGGGAUAAUAUGAGGGACAACAGAGACCUUACUGUUUUUACCAGCUGGGACCCUAAAGACAGCCAAUUAACUGAGGAGCACCGGCGUCGUUCUCUGGAGGAAGAGUCCGUGUGGCUGAGGAUACGCUCUCUAACGCUUCGCCUCCUCGCCUCUUUGGCCGCUCUGGGACACACGCCAUCGCAACAGAACUCUGAGGUGACCAACGAAAACGGAGUGGGAGACAAGACCUUGAUCCUCAGCAGCCUGCUGUCGCAGCUCAACCAGACUCUGCAGACGGCCGCUCAGAUAGCAGAAAAACGCGUACAGUAUCCAUUCCUGGGACCCCCCUCCACCCGCCUGGCCCCAGCUCUGUCCAGUGGGAGCUGUCAGUGCCAGGCUGCAGCCCUCCAGCUGUCUGUCCACCUACAGGAGCUGGAGACCGUCGGACUUGAUGAGUCGUCAGAGCUUCAAACCCAGAUCUGUAACGGUUUCAAAUCAUUAGUAGUUCAGCUUCAAGAAAUACUGAAUAAAUGCAAAGGGGAUUUAUUGGAACUGAAAGAGAGCACAUUAAAAACCUGGCCCUCCUUAUUAGAAAACCUAGUCUUCUUUGUUGAGACGGUGUGCAUAGUCUUGUGGAUGGCUAGUCACUGUGCCAAGAUCCUCCGACCACUCAAGACAAGUCUACAGAAGAAGAAGAAGAAGAAAAAGGAUGCAAACACAGCUCUGCCAGCGGUGGUGUGUGGCUUCCAGGAGCUGACGGGGAGCUUGCAGGACGUGCUCACCCAGGCUCUGGAGCAUAUAAAGGGGCAGGAGACUGGCAUGACGGCCCUUAAACUGGCCAGUUUAAGUUUGGAAGGACACACACAGGAGGAGGCGUCGUUUACGAAGGCUGCUAUGGACAAGGUGCAGAGCAGUUACCUGCGCUCACUACAGGAGGUGGGAGAUCUGCUCAAGAAGAGAGCAGAAACUAUAAAGAACCUCAAGAUCUGAGCACCAUCACACACCCCAAAUAAUGAUGACUGUACCCCCACCACCACCAUCACCACCAUCAUCAUCACCAUCAGCUCCCCCUCUCUCCACCACCGUCUGUUUGCCCACCAGCUAACCUUCGACUCCUACAGCCUACCUACAACCCGCCCGGCCUCCUCUCCUCCUGCAUAUUUCUCCAGUCGGCGUUUGUGAGCUCUCAAUCUGGAUUUUUCUUUUUCUUUCCCUUCGACUCACACCUCUGGAACAUUUGCAACUCUUAUAGCACACGAGCUUGUAAGUAAACUCAUGAAUUUAUACAGCAGCAGUUAUAAAUGAAAAAUGAGGAAAAAAAGACAUGCUCCUUUAAAAGAUAAGAAUAGAGCAAAUUAGGAAAAAUGAAUACGCAGUUUUAGAAGAACUAAUCUAAUAAAUUAUUGUACAUAGUAAAGAGCAACUACCACAACUCUCAAUGACUAAAUGAGAAUAUAAGACACAAUAAACCACUAUUCUGUUUGUCAGUUACGUUUCCUCUUUUUAUUUCUCACCAUGUUUCUCUGGUGAGAACAAUCACACACAAACACAUACACAGGGACUGUUAACACUAAGGAGGAAAGUUAUUUCAAUGUGCUGCUUUUCCAGCUGUUUCUCUCCGUCAAGAGCAAGCAGGCACAAUUUUGCAUUGAACUGAUGAGCCCUCUGGAAACAUGGACACCUGGCUACCUGCAGACUGAAGUUCCCCCCAUUCAACAUUUAUUUUGUCGUCUUCUUCUUCUUUUUUCUUUGCUUUGUGUAUCCUGUGUGUCGCUUUGAAAGUGGAACCACCUCCUGUAGUUGCAGUAUUAUAAAGAGCA